AUGACAACAUCUACAAUCACGACAUCAUCUACAAGCACAACAACAUCUACAACCAUAACACAUCUCCAACCACGACAACAUCUACAACCACGACAACAUCUACAACCACGACAACAUCUACUAACACACACAUCUACAACCACGACAACACCUCCAACCACGACAACAUCUACAACCACGACAACAUCUUCAACCACGACAACACCUCCAACCACGACAACAUCUCCAAACAAACAACAUCUACAACCACGACAACAUCUACAACCACGACAACAUCUCCAACCACAACAACACAUCUACCACGACAACAUCUACAACCACGACAACAUCUCCAACCACGACGACAUCUACAAGCACAAAAUAUCUACAACCAUAACACCUCCAACCACGACAACAUCUACAGCCACGACAACAUCUACAACCACGACAACAUAUCCAACCACGAUAACACCUCCAACCACGACAACAUCUCCAACCACGACAACAUCUUCAACCACGACAACGCCUCCAACCACGACAACCACGACAACACCUCCAACCACAACAACAUCUCCAACCACGACGACAUCUACAAGCACAAAAAUAUCUACAACCAUAACACCUCCACCACCAACCACGACAACAUCUACAGCCACGACAACAUCUACAACCACGACAACAUCUACAACCACGACAACAUCUCCAACCACGACACUCUCCAACCACGACAACAUCUACAGCCACGACAACAUCUACAACCACGACAACAUCUCCAACCACGAUAACACCUCCAACCACGACAACAUCUCCAACCACACAACAUCUUCAACCACGACAACGCCUCCAACCACGACAACACCUCCAACCACGACAACAUCUCCAACCACAAGAACAUCUCCAACCACAAGAACAUCUCCAACCACAACAACAUCUACAACCACGACACACGACAACAUCUCCAACCACGACAACAUCUCCAACCACACAACAUCUCCAACUACAACAACAUCUACACCCACGACAACAUCUACAACCACGACAACAUCUCCAACCACAACAUCUACAAGCACAAAAACAUCUACAACCAUAACACCUCCAACCACGACAACAUCUACAGCCACGACAACAUCUACAACCACGACAACAUCUCCAACCACGACAACAUCUACAGCCACGACAACAUCUACAACCACGACAACAUCUACAACCACGACAACACCUCCAACCACGACAACACCUCCAACCACUCCAACAUCUCCCACCACGACAACAUCUCCAACCACGACAACAUCCCCAACCACGAUCCCCCAACCACAACAACACCUCCCCACAACAACACCUUCAACCACGACAACAUCUACAACCACAAGACAUCUCCAACCACGACAACAUCUCCAACCACAAACAUCUCCAACCACGACAACAUCUCCAACCACAAGAACAUCUCCAGCCACGACAACAUCUCCAACCACGACAACAUCUCCAACCACAAGAACAUCUCCAACCACGACAACAUCUCCAACCACGACAACAUCUCUAAUCACGACAACAAAAUCUUCAUCUUCGUCAUCAUCGUCAUUGUCGUAUUCAAACAGUAAUAGUUCGGGUUUCUAUCACGUAUACCAGGCUUCGUACCCCAUCAUACCCAUGUCAAUACUGGUUAUAUAGGCAACCUGUCAUUUUUAUCAUCGUCGGUAUCAUCACCACCACUACUAUCAUUAUCACAACUACCACCAUCAUCACUGCCUCUACUACCACCAUCAUUACUGCCACCAUCAUCACUGUUACCACCACCA